UUGAGCCCGGAUGAAGCUUGUUAUUGCACGCCAGAUUUUGUAUCCUUUAUAAUCUUAAAUAUACAUUUACUGGCUUAGCUAGUGAGCCUGUGAGCUGCUGGAUCACAAACUUGCUGUGCUCCCAUGAGGAAGGAGAACUUGGACUUUGAAGGUGUUUUCAAACUUUUCAACAAAGGGCUCAUCAUGGGGUCAUACUAAGGAGAAGCAGGAAUCAGGUCUGGAGAGCAGAGAGCUGUAUUUCAGGACAAUUGGAAACAUCUAGGAGAUAUUUUGCAGACCAUGAACAUAAUAGGCAGCUACCAGCACCACCAUAUGAUGCCAGAACCCUUCAUCUUCACGCCAGGGUCGAGAUGUCACCAGGAGAGACCUUUCUUCCAAGGUUGGGUCCUGAAUCCAGGAGAGAUGUCCCCGGAAUUUGCAGCCCAGCCUUCUUACAGCCCUGAGUAUGGGUCAGUGGGACCACCCCAAGCAAGCAACCGGCUAGAGGCCCUAGGGGGGAGACUGGGGAGGAGGAAAGGAAUCCCCCCCAAAAAAGAGAGAAGAAGAACUGAAAGUAUCAACAGCGCCUUUGCAGAGCUCAGAGAGUGCAUCCCCAAUGUACCAGCAGACACCAAGCUGUCCAAAAUAAAGACCCUCAGACUGGCCACUAGCUAUAUUGGCUACUUAAUGGAUGUGCUGGCCAAAGACAAUGAGGUGGGAGCCACAGAAGGAUUUAAAGCUGAAAUCAAGAAGGUGGAUAGCAGAGAGAGUAAGAGGAAGAGAGACAUGCAGAGUGAAGGAUUCUGGGGAACGGUACCCUCUGGAGAAAAGAAAUUAAAGGGAAGAACAGGGUGGCCCCAACAAGUCUGGGCCUUAGAACUGAAUCCUUAAAUCUUUUAGGGAUCAAUCCAAUGCACUGUUAUUGUCCGGCUAAUCAGAGAUUUAAGAAAAUAUGUCCACUGAGCACUCUUCUGGCUGGGUUGGUGGGGUUCUUUGGGAGAUCUGUAUUUAUGUGCAAUGUUUUAAAUGUUUUGUAUAUAGAUAUAUAUAUGUAUUUGCAAUAUUAGGGCAAAAACUUUUUUUUUAAGAGCAAUGAGGUUUGUACACAAAAAAAAAUUUAAAAUAAAAAUAAUUAAAAGUAAGUUGCAAAAUUUGCAUGAACAUUGAAAUCACCUUCAAAGGAUCAGUUUGUAACAAGAGAGCAGACAGUGUGUUUAUCUGAACAAUUUUAUUUUGUUUAGAUUUAGGUUUUCCACUGUGACUCAGGGAUUAAUUUGUUCCUUGGAGGUGACACAAAAAAAUGUUACCUGCUUGAUUCUAGUGUCUAUCAAAAUAAUAAUUAUUCUAAUAGUUUUCAAGUUUUCACAUUGAUGGAUUAUAUUUUAUAUUAGGUACUUGUAUUUGCAAUGCUGUGCAAAAUUUGCUAAGUCAAGGCAGCAGCCAUUUAGCAAAUUCUGGAAAAAACAAAAACUUGGUGUUAAAUGUGCAAUUUCUAACACAUGUAUGUGUGACUAAAAGGCAGAUGUGUAGAUGUUUUCAUUAAUACUUUUGCAGAACUAGAACACACGCACACGAGUGUGUGAGUGUGUGUGUGUGUGUGUUCUAGUGAUUAUAUAUUGUAUUUUUUAUUAUUUUGAUUUUAUUUUUUUCCAAUUAUAUCUGUCAUUUAUUUUUGGUUUUGUGGCUGAAAUAGACUGUUUCAGGUGCAUUGCACUGUAUCUGCCAAGCACACAUAAAAUGAUCUCUAAAUUAGUAGCAAAGUGUUGAUAUUUUUAGGAGUGCUGAUUUCCUCUAAGAAAGGGGCAGGGUGUUCUGCUCCCAUAUAUUCUGUUCUAACAAGCUUUCUUUUUAUGAGUGAUUACUUAUUCUGCAUUUCCACCCCAGUUUAGCAGAAUAUAUUUAUAUAUAAUUUUCAUUUUGUACAUAAUAAACUAUUUUUCAGUAAUGAAAAUGAUGAAUGCAUUUAACUACCUAGCUGUGUGAAUUUACUGUAAAAUGUAUAUGCUACCUCAUAUUUCCAUCACUUCCUAGCAGGUUUAACUUGCCAAAAAAAAUAUUUAUGUUGUUUCAAAAUAAAUUUCUUUUUCGAUUUUCUUAAGAAACCUA